CGGCUCGCGGUCAAAUUUCCCGCCAUCUCUACAGUACGAGCGGAGGGCGGGGCCGGCCCGCGUCACGUGUCUGCUGAGCGCCAAGCACAAGCCGUGACAUCAUCAACGCCGGCCGGCGCGUCAACAUCAGAGCGACCGGCGAUGCCAUGUGCACGGCCCGCCCACACUGUAUCAUCGGCGGGGAGCGACGGAGAGCGUUCUGCGGCCACGGACGCCGCCUUACAACAGCGUCUGCCGCCUCUUAAAGAAUUUGUCGGCGCUGACGGAGACUGGGGCGGCUUCAAGAGGCGGUUCAUCGCUCAUCAAGAGAUGGCGAACUGGACGGACGCCGAGGCUCUACGCGCGCUGCCAGCGAUGCUGGACAACGACGCCCUGGCUACCCUCACCUCGGCGCCGAGGGAAAAGCGCGCCACUCUACACCUGGCGUUGCAGCUGCUGUCAGCCGUCUAUGGGCCGCCUUCGGACUGCAGGCAGCUGUUCCACGAUCGGAGUCGGGGCGCCAACGAGUCACCCCUGGCCUUCCGGACGGCUCUCCUGGCUCUGGCAAAGGCUGCUUUCCCAAGGAUGGACGAGGAAGGAGUGGAUGCCAUGGUAGCUGAGAAGCUGCUGCUACUCGCUGACGAGCUGGACGUCAACGUCUUGGCUCAGGACGACGCGGAGAUGUCGUCCCUGCUGGUCGCGCGCCACAUCCACGGGGGCUUGCGGUCCCUGCGUCGGAAGGCGGCAAAGGGGGCGGCCGGCCAUGCCAUGGCGACCACCGCCCUCCCAUCGGAGGAGGUCUGCGGGGUGGAGCGGCGAGGGGAAUGGAGAUCGGCGGCACCGCAGGCUCGGAAUGGACCGAGCCGCCAGGAGCAGCCCAGGUCAUCUGGGGCGCUCACACGCUGCUACAACUGUGGCCUGCAAGGCCACGUUGCGUCUGGAUGCCGGGCUCCCCGUCAGCGCGGGGCGACACCUCGUCAGGACGCCACGCCGUCUCCUCCCAAGCUCCAGCAGAGAAAUACGGUGAAACAGGAGUGACGGGUCCACACCCACCAACCCCUCCCGGAGGGGUCGGGGGUCACUCGGCAGCGACGCCUGACUCUCUUGCACCCGGACCGUCAACAACCGUCACUGAGCGUGCCAGGACGGGCCCUUGUGACGGGCCCGCCGCGCGGACGCGCGCCAAAACGCGCAGACUAUUGUGAGGUCGGCCGUUGGGGGGCCUUGCGGACAAUGGGAGGGGUGGCGUCCGGAGUGUGUGUAUAUAUGUUGGUUUUGGGGUAUUUAUUCGGGGGGGGUGCGUCGGGUUAUUUUUUUUCCUCUCUCUCUCUCUCUCUUCCUGUUGUUGUUCUUGUUAAGGUUCUCUUGUUCUUGUUAAAAAUUACGCGAGGCACACACACGGGGUUUUUGUGAGGGAUGCACCUUUAUUCUGAUUUUUUUUUUGCAGCCAGGGACGGCUGCGAGCUGUACAGGGGGGGGUGAUGUAGAGGUGUAAUUGCGCAUGGCUACGAAUGUUGAGGUGUGAUUAUGCAUGGCCACGGAUGGCCAACAAACACAAGGGGCGGGGUUACGGCCGUACACAAGGGUGGCGCUAGCACCGACGUCCGCAUGUGUAUCCCCCACGGGCCCCCCCUCGGGGGCGAGUCCUAUAAAAGGUGAUGAGCUCGAGGGCUCGAGGUCGGGACUCAGCUUUAACCAGAGAAGACGGAAGACCAGCUAGUGUAGGCCCCAGAGCUCCCCUGGCUCGCUGUCCUUAUAAGGGCCGACCAGGGCAAGCCGGUGGCGUGGCCCCGAGAGCCCAGCUGGUCUGGUGACUCAGGGAGCCGGGAUCCCAGCUUAACCAAGCUGGGACAGAUAGCCUCCCCUAGUCCCGUAGUGGAGGAAUUGGUAUAGGUUAGAGGGGUUAGCUGUCGAGAAUCCCUGUAGCCAAGUGACCUGUACAACUGUGUUGGUGUAAUAAAUAAGUGUGCCUCCGAUCCUGUCGUCAAGCCUCCAUAUAUAUACUUACUACACAGUGAAUGAGACAUGUUCCCGGGGCUCCUCAACAUACAAGUGCGUAUACAUCACAGUGCACCUCCAAUUAGCACGGUGGGCUACGUACGGUGAGAAAUAGAUGUACAUACUACACUAAAAUACACUCUACUCUACACUACAGUCUUCCACUAUACACCACUAUACACUACACUAUACACUACUAUACACUACACUAAUACACUACACUAUACACUACACUAUACACUACUAUACACUACACUAUACACUACUAUACACUACACUACUAUACACUACACUUAUACACUACACUCUACACUACUAUACACUACACUAUACACUACACUUAUACACUACACUAUACACUACUAUACACUACUAUACACUACACUAUACACUACUAUACACUACACUAUACACUACACUAUACACUACACUUAUACACUAC